CCGGGCAGCUUCAAACAUCUUCAGACUCAUGAAACUGACGAAAGUGAACAUUUUGGCCGCUGCUUCCGUGGCACUUCUCGUCAUCUUGCUGGCCAAACACUCCGAGACCAGAGCAUUGCAGCAACAAAUUGGGAACCUCGAGGAGACUGCUCUCGAACUGGAAAGCUGCCAGGCAAAACAGAAUGAUGAGAAGAACAUCCAACUGCAGAUGGAGGUGGCGAAUCUCAAAGCUGAAGUAGAACUGAAGGAUGAGAUGAACAUUCAACUGCAGAAGGACGUCGAGAAUCUCAAAACGGAGGUCGAACUCAUGGAUGCAAUGAACGCUCAACUGCAGAGGGACGUCGAGACUCUCAACGCGGAGGACACGUGGCUCGGACGCUUCGGAUUUCCAAGACAUUUGAAAGUGCAGAAGGACAUUGAGAAUCUCAACACGGAGGCAGAAAUAAAGGAUGCAAUGAACGUUCAACUGCAGAGGGACAUCGAGAAUCUCAAAGCGGAGGCACGACGAAAGGAUGACAAGAAUAUUCAGCUGCAGAAGGACAUCGAGAAUCUCAAAACGGAGGCUCUGACUGCUGAGCUGGCAAACUUCCAGGUGGAUCAUGAGAAGAUUGGCCAAAGUGUGAAUGUGAACGUUCAGGUCUUGAUGGCUACCUUUGUCAUUGGCGCCUUGAUGGCCAUGCUGCGGCGCUAUAGACAGACCCAAAAGGUGAAACAGGUGCAUGUACUGCCUUGGGAGCUUCAUGGAAGGAUGAAGGAACAACAGGCUAUUGCUACUCGGAAGUUGCAAGGUGCCUGGCGUCGAAAGGCAGCGAGACUGGAAGAGAGGAAGAGCAGGGAAUACAAGGAAGCUCGUUUGAAGACCCUGUGGCGGAAGAUGCUGGCACGUCGCAUCCAACGCACCUGGCGUGCCAAAGUUCCCCUCUUGCGCCACCGGCGCCAGCGCAGUUGUGCCAAGGAGACCGCCUAUGAUGCGGUCUUUGCAUUUGAGUCGCUUUCCAAUUUCCUGACCACUGGGGAAAUUGAGUUUCUCCAAGCACCGGAGUCCAAGUUUGAUUUCACCAGAGAGUCCCGCUAUCGCAUCGUGGCGGUGGUGGGUCUAUUUGACAAGGGGAAGACCUUCUUGAUCAACAAACUCUUUGGCAAGAACCUUCCGAGUGGCAAGAAAUGUCCUACUACAGGCAUCAGCUUUCUGUGGAUUGAAGACUUAGAGAUGCUGGUGCUUGACUCAGCUGGUGUCCAACGCCCAGUUUCGCAGUGUGAUGGUGCUGUUCAAAGCAUUCAGGAUGCCCGUGCCACCGAAAGCUUCAUGUUUGAGAUGAUCAGCCGCAUUGCAGACUACAUGAUCUUUGUGGUGAACGACUUUACCUGGUUUGAACAAGAGUAUGUGAGCAUGCUGCACAGGAAGUAUGAGCAAAUGCUCCGGCACACGGAACUCAUUGUGGUUCACAAUUUGAGGGACACCUACGAAGCGGAGGAAGCCAAAGAUCUGUUUGACCAGCAGAUCAAGAAGUGCUACAAGGGUGGCAGCUCACCACUUGACGAGUUAACAUAUGUGGCGGUGAUGCAAGAGGGAGUUCCACCUGUUAAUCAUGUCGCCCUUUGCAAGGAAAUGACCCUUGCAGGUGACAAGUACAACAAGAAGAACAUUGAGCAUCUAAAGAACCAGUUGAGAUUUCGCCAUAUGCUGGGCCGCAGCAUGAGUUUGACCGACUCUCUUCGCAAGGAGCUUGAGCGGCUCAUCCCCACCUUCGCCUAUGUCGAGCGUGCGCCGGAGCAGAUGCCUUCUUCCGAAAAGACCUUGAGUGUCCUCUACGAGACCUGCAAGGUGGUGGACAAGAAAGAAAGCGGUUUGAGCGGCCUCUCCACAUUCGAGAUGGUGUGCAAGGAUUAUGGAAAGGUGGGUUGCAUGCGACUGAAGGCCAUUUCAGAUGCUAAGGUGAGCAUGAAGACUCAGGGUGUGAUCAAUCCCUUGGGCGAAAUCAUCACCCAUGACGUGACCUUCGAGCCCAACGUCAAUGUCUAUGACCGGACCCUACAGGAUGGCAUUGAACGCGUGAUUCGCAUCGAAUGUCCUGGAGUACAGCAGGAGGACAUCAAGUGGAAGGCUUUCCAAAGUGGCGUGAAAAUCAGCAUCCGCAAGCAGAAACCCAUUGAGGAGACCACAGUGCAGGCAGUGGAGCCCAUCAUACAGCACCACGGUCCCUGGGAGCGCGCCUUCGAGUUUGAGAACGGUUCCGGGCGUUUCGAUGAUUUUGAUGAGGAGAACUUCGUUUUGGCCGAUGGCGUUUUGACAGCGACAUUGCGCAAGUCCUUUCAAUGUCGCGAGGGCAAGGUGACGACCAAAAAUCCCACGCUGCUUCAAGGGCUUCAGGGUAGGGACCCUCCAACUCCUUCGGUGAAAAGUAGCAUCUGUUCAUUUGACAUGGUGACCAAUUUGGAGCAUCGUGAGAUGAGGGCAGGUGAACCUGCUAUGAAUUUAAAGACUUGAUGGCACAGAGUCUCUCCAAGAGCCUGCACUCUCAAGGUCCCCGGAGAGAUGUUAGUUGCGAUAUGUUGCGAUAUCUCAGUAGGCAUUUUCUGUGUGAAACUCAGAACGGAACAGAACAGUUUCCUGUUCUUCCAUCCUGAGCUUUGAUGCUGUGGAAUGGGUCAAAAACCUUGGUGUUUCGGUCCUUGUCGUCCAGCUGGCAAACGGAUCAUUUCGAUGGUUCACAGGCAUUGACCCAUUCCCAUUUAACAAGUUCCCUUUGGCGUCCGGCACAUCCUGACAGUGUGCCACGACAGUGUAGAGGCGCCAAUGCCGUUUCAGAACCGAAGCAUUCUGGCAUCGAUUGCAGUAGAGGGUUUGAAGAGGCGACACACUCCCUGCAAACACGUGGAAAAAGGAAGUUCCCGAAGAUGAUAUUGGGAAAGAUGCGCGAUGUGAUGUUGAGCAAAACCAUUGUAUGGCAGCUUUGGCAUACAAAACGCAAUUCUCUGAGCAGAUCAUAU